AUGCAGUUGCGCACCGCCCUUUUCUCCCUCGCCGGCCUUGCCGCCGCCGCUAUCGAGGACGGUACUCCCUUCAACCUCAUGGCCCUUCGUUCCGCCAGCGACAUCCACUUCGCCCCUUUCAACGCCGCGCUUAACAGCAUUCUUCUCCGCCUACCUUCGCAAAACGCCAACUGCGGAUGCGGCGUCCCCUCCAACAGCAGCGCUGCUUUCUACCUCGAGGAGGGUGGUCUCUACCUCUACACCGGCGACGACAGCACCCCGCAGCAGCUCUUCGUCGACCGUUCCGGCAUGGGUGAGUCCUGGCCCCGCAACGGCGAGCGUGACGUCUUCGAGCUCGACGAGUACGAUGACCUCACCUUCAACGGCUCCGGCUUCCUCGCCUGCCCUGGCAGCAUCGACGAUGCCUGGAGCGUCUGGGUCAGCGCUGGUGUCGCCAACCCUGGUGGCCACACCGACUGCCUCGGUCUCGUUGCUCGUGCUGUCGAGAAUGACGACGCCGCCCCGUGCCUCUACACUAAUUAA